AUGUAUUACCACCUGCUUUCUGAGGAGAUCGAAGCCCUGCGUCGGAGGGUUGAGUCCUUGGAAGACGACCUGCAGAGCGCGCUUCAGAGCUCGAAGCGGGACGCCGGCAUCAUCGGGGAGCUGCAGAAGAGUAUCAAGAAGUCGCAGGAGGCUUUGACGGUUGAAGCCCAGAAGAGCUGUGCUGCACAGGAGAAGCUUAGCAAGCUUGAAGAGAAGGUGCAGGAGGCAGCUGACAAGGAAUCCUCAUCUGUGAAGAUGUAUGCCGCCCGAGAGAAGGAGUAUCAGGACAAAAUUCGCGAGCUUGAAGAUUCGCUUCGCAAAGUGUCCCGGAAGCUCGCCGCAGUUGAAGAGGAGAAAGCACAAGUUGCAAGAAAGGCCGAGAAGCAGCAGAACCCCCAAGAAGAAGUCAAGAAGUAUAAGGACGAAGUCGUCAUCUUAAAGGACACGCUCUCUCGCAAAGAGGAAGAGAUUACCAAAAAAGAUGCCCAAGUCGAGAAAACCAAGGCGGUCCUCAAAGAAGUUGAGGGAGAGAACCGACGCUUGCAAGGCGAGCUCGAGACGGCAGGAACGAACAAUCUUCGUCUGCAAGAGGAGGUCGGCAAGCUCAAGGCUUGUGAAAAGGCAGCAAAGGAGAAGGCGGAGGAAGAUUUCGUGAAGCUCGGCUGGGACAGUGAAGGUAAAGUGGAAGAGGUCACAGACUUCGGCUUCCAGAAGGUGGAUAGUGCUUGA